CCCCUUCCUCCCUCCUUCCUGGGGGCACACGUGCUUCGGUGCGGAGAGGGCGUCAUGGCGGCCAACACGGGGAGCCUCCCGAUGCGGCUGCUGCGGAAGAAGCUCCACAAGCGCAACCUCAAGAUCCGGCAGCGGAACCUGGCCCGGCAGCAGGCGGAGGGCGGCCCGCCGGAGAAGCAGCUGAUGACAACUCAGAAGUUCAUAAUACAUCUGAUGUGGUGAUGGAAGAAGAUAAAGCAAAGGUUAAUGUAAUAGUAGAUGCAGAAGAGACUGACUGUACACAGUCUGAAUUGAAAAAGAAGAAGAAGAAGAAGAAAAGGAAAAUUGUGGAUGAGACAGAAAAUGAAACUAAAAAAACCAAAUCUGAAGAAGAUGGUGCUGAAGUAGAAGAACAGAUCUUAAAUGGGGAACCCAGAGAGGAAAAGGAUGACAAUGAGGAAGAAGUGGCUGAGGAUGCUGAUGGACCUAUGUUGCCUCGAGGACUAACAGGUGCAUUUGAAGAUACUUCCUUUGCAUCUCUUAAGGGUCUUGUCAGUGAAAAUACCUUGAAAGGAAUAGCAGACAUGGGUUUCACACAUAUGACAGAAAUUCAGCAUAAAAGUAUUAAACCGCUCUUGGAUGGCAGAGAUAUUCUUGCAGCAGCAAAAACUGGCAGUGGCAAAACCCUUGCAUUUCUUAUUCCAGCAAUAGAACUUAUUUACAAGUUAAAAUUUAUGCCUAGAAAUGGAACGGGGGUUCUUAUCCUUUCACCCACUCGGGAGCUUGCCAUGCAGACUUACGGUGUUCUAAAGGAACUGAUGACUCACCAUGUCCAUACCUAUGGAUUGGUGAUGGGAGGCAGUAAUAGAUCAGCUGAGGCACAGAAACUUGCAAAUGGCAUAAACAUCAUUGUGGCAACUCCAGGCAGGCUGCUGGACCACAUGCAGAAUACUCCAGGGUUUAUGUACAAGAACUUGCAGUGCCUGGUAAUUGAUGAGGCUGAUAGAAUUUUAGAAGUUGGGUUUGAGGAAGAAAUGAAACAGAUCAUAAAACUUCUCCCAAAACGCAGACAGACAAUGUUGUUCUCUGCUACACAAACCCGUAAAGUCGAGGACUUGGCAAAGAUAUCUCUUAAAAAAGAGCCAUUGUAUGUUGGAGUUGAUGACAAUAAAGAAACGGCAACUGUAGAAGGUCUUGAACAGGGUUAUGUAGUGUGCCCUUCAGAAAAGAGAUUCCUUCUGCUAUUCACUUUUCUCAAGAAGAAUCGGAAGAAGAAGCUGAUGGUAUUCUUCUCUUCGUGUAUGUCUGUGAAGUACCACUAUGAACUGCUUAACUAUAUUGAUCUCCCAGUUCUGGCCAUUCAUGGCAAGCAGAAGCAAACCAAACGCACAACCACAUUUUUCCAGUUCUGCAAUGCAGAUUCUGGCAUACUCUUGUGCACAGAUGUAGCUGCCCGAGGGCUAGACAUACCUGAGGUUGACUGGAUUGUUCAGUAUGACCCACCAGAUGAUCCAAAGGAAUACAUUCAUCGUGUUGGUCGAACUGCCCGAGGUAUAAAUGGAAGAGGACAUGCUCUGCUUAUUUUACGGCCAGAGGAACUGGGUUUCCUGCGUUACCUAAAGCAAGCCAGGGUUCCAUUAAAUGAAUUUGAAUUUUCCUGGUCCAAAAUUUCUGAUAUCCAGUCUCAGCUGGAAAAAUUGAUAGAGAAAAACUACUUCCUUCACAAAUCUGCUCAAGAAGCAUACAAAGCCUAUAUAAGAGCUUAUGAUUCCCAUUCUCUGAAGGAAAUCUACAAUGUAAACAACUUGGAUCUGCUGAAGGUUGCUCUGUCUUUUGGCUUUAAGGUUCCGCCAUUUGUGGAUCUUAAUAUAAACAGCAGCCAUGGAAGGCGACUGCAAAAGAGAGGUGGUGGUGGAGGAUUUGGUUAUCAGAAGUCAAAGAAUGUUCAGAAAUCCAAAAUCUUCAAGCACAUUAACAAGAAAAAAUCGGAUAACAGACAAUUUUCCCGUUGAAAUGCUUAUUUGGUGUUCGCUGAAAUGGCUUUUGAGAUCAAAUUUGAAUAUAAUUAUUAUUCAAUACUGCCCAGCAAUGUGUGUUCAGUAUAAAAUUUAUCUAUGGUGUUUGAGGAUUAGGCUUUAAAACAAACAUAAGUAUACACUUUGGUCCUAAUCUCUUGUCAGAGAAAAUAGAAGAUGUGUUCUUGGUCUGAAAUCACUGUGCAGUCUCCUCAGUCCCUCUGUGUAAUGCAGGGCAGUCUUGAGGCAAGACUGACUCGAUAUCUUCCAGGAACAUCAAGAAUGGACUGAUUCAGAAGUCUACUUUCACAGUCUGUUGUGUAAUUUAUAUUUUAAAUAAUGAGUUUUCUUCCAAGAACUGGCUACCAGGCUUAUAUGGAAAUUGGAACAUAUGGAUAUAGUAGGCAAUAUGUUGUUUUUAUAAGAUAUAGUGAAUACAUAUUAUAAAAAUGAUCUUUUUAUUUUCUUACAAAACAAAGGUAGAUUUUUGUAAUGCAACACCAGGAUGUUCAGAAGCUCCAGAGCAAAUUGACUGGCCACUGGAACCAUGCUUAGAAACUCCACUUAUUUUUCAUUGGGGGAAGAGGUGGACUUGCUUGCCUUACCAAUUGACUUUUUCCCUCCAAAGCUUCAAAACAUUCCUUUUUUUUCAUUUUGAAGAAUAACAGCUGUUUGAAGAGAUGAGAUAAUAUAUAUCUAUAUAUGAAGAGACAGUUUGAAAAUUCUAGAUAAGGUGUAUUCAUUUUAAAUUGAAUUAAGAACUCAAAAAAUGCUUGUGUCCGCCUUGUCUGCCACUAACUUUUGGGAUGUUGGUUCUUGUUACUCUUAGGCUUAGACUCUGCUGCAGAUGGAGUUGCACAGUUUUGCACAUCUGUUUUCUGGAUCUUAUGUAAUCAUUGUAGCAGUAGCACCACACACUGGAGUUCAGGAUAACUUGUGAAUCCCAGUGGUCAGUUUUCAGUACUCAUGAAAUUGAUUCCAUGAGCCAAGGAAGCCUUUUAGCUGGUAUUUGAGCAGGAUCUCUUCUGAUGCUGCAUGAUAAACUGUUUUUGAAUGGCAGAAUGGUACAGGAUGGUAUGUAAUCCCCAAACAAAUGAAGCAUCACUGUUUGCCCAAACAGGUCUCUAGCUACCACUCAAUAAUUUAAUUACUUUUUCCUAAUCCUCCAGAUGUCUUAUACUUCAACUUACUACAUUCCCAAAAGCCAUGCUAGUUGGGGAUGAUGAGAGUUAUAGAUCAUCACCUCUUGAUGGCCCCAGUUUGGGAAAGGCUAAAAUAAAUAAGUAAUAUAAACUCCAAUGGGCAUUGGUUCUCAAACUGGUAGCAUUAUGGGAACCUUUAAAAAGACUAUAAAAAUGAACUGGUAGCCUUAGGUUUCUUGUGCACUUUUCCUGUUAUCAAUCUUAUGAGUAUUUAAUAGACUUCAGCCAUCACACACUCGAGGCUUGUCUCAUAAAGAUGACUGAUGAUUUGGGGCACUAAUACUGUAUUUCUUGAGGAAUUGCCUCCCAUUCAAGAGAACCUUGACAAGGAAAUUGAACUUUGUAACCCAGUUAAAGAGAAGUGAUCAAAAUGUUCAUGUGGGAAAAUUUGAAGAGGAAUCCAGCUGUAGACAGAUGAAAGAAAUUGAAGUUACCUUGCUGCAGUUUCUAACAAUAACUGAAUAAAUACAUGAAGUAUAAUGUA